GCUCGUACAUGUCGCAGAUAGUCUGUGAAAGGAGGUGUCCCCUACCUACUGACCCCCAGAGUCCAGACGUAUAUGUGAUCCCUCUCGAAUGUUCCUUCCUCCAUCCUGCACGUUCAGAUUGCCGCAAGUGAACAUCAGUCUACCGUCCAUACCGCUUGAGCCAUCACCUCCACUGCACCAUGGUCGUCAUGAUGACCCCUCUCACCAUCAAGACCACUCACCCGGCUCUCUUCGCUACGGGCCUCGCUACGCCUCCCAUGUCGCCCAACACACCUGUCAAAUCCAAACCUGUCAUUCCUACCGCUCCAAUCGUCUCGUACGCCCAGCUCCGCAAGUUUCACGUCACUGCGCUCAACUACCAGAUAGCAAAACUUCGCUGGGAGCAGAACAAUGGCGGGUAUCUCAAAGGCGAAGACGCGUGGUUGGGUCACAACAAUGUCAUUGCCAAGUUGGAGAAAGAGUUGAAAGACGUUCAAGAAGCUCAAAAAGGUCUUGAUCGAUUCCCCAACUGUUUCGCUCCCACCGCGUUUCCCAAGCCGCAUGGUCCGCCCUCCAAGGAGCAGCUGGACGAAGAGCGAAAACUCAAGGCGGAAGAAACCAAAGUGAUGGAUGCGGAGCUGGAUGCUCAAUUCCCAUUCAUCAAGCAGAUGUUCAUUGGACCGAGGACCAAACAGCAGGCCAAGAACGAUCGCAUGCUCAGGGAUCUCAUGAAGGAGGGAGACUUUGACGAUUUGUCGAUGCUUUUGCCUUCAAAGAAUAUGCGGAUGCUGAUGGAAGGUCAAGCUAAGAAGGCAGGUGGCGCCCCACCGCCUCCGAGUGGUGGACCAAAGAAGACGUACGAGCAAGUCAGGCUGGAGAAGGAGGCAGAGAAGGUCGCAGCGAUGCGGAAGGAGUCGCCGAGUGGAGGCGCCGCCAAAAAACCCAGAGCACCUCGUAUCGGCCCUCUGACUCGAGAGGAAUGGAUCGCGACGCUACCUCGGUUCGGCCCCAUCACCAAAGCCGAGGCGAUGCUCCCGGCUCAACGCGAGCAACGACAUGCCAUAUUGACCUGGUUGAGAAAGCCUUGGCCAGUGUUCGAUCCGGAUGCAGCGGAUUUGAUGGUCGAUUUGGGUCGAUUGGCGGUCAGGAAGUUGGAUCAGGAGACCAAAGCGGUGAAGAAGUUGAGGGAGGUGACGAGAUGAUUCUGUGUGUCAUAGCAGGUUCGUUAGAAGCUUUCAUCGUUCCUAAGAUCUUUCCAUUGUCUUACUUUAUGGAUGGUGUCGUCGAAAGAGGUACGGGUUUAGGCUUCACGCCUGUGCUUCAUGAGCCGAAUCUUUUGUCAUCCGACACAUGCUCGAGACCUGAUCAACAAGCGAGCGUCCUUUCAAGGCAAGGUAGUGAUGGAAGCGUUGACUUCACAGGGCCUGUCAUUCGUAUAGGGGAGCAGAUUUGUGACCUGUGAGAGCUCCAAGUCCAGGAACCUGCUC